AUGGGAGUAAUAAAGGAUGGAACAAUCUCAGGGGUUGUAUCAGAACCUCGAGGAUUUUUGGUGCAUUAUCCUGCGUAUCCUUCGUCUAUCUCUCGAGCUGUUGACACUCUUGGCGGAAUUCAAGGCAUCGUCAAGGCUCGCAGUUCACAAUCAAACAGAUUAGAGUUCCGUUUCCGUCCCGAAGACCCGUAUUCACACCCUGCAUUUGGGGAGCUUCGUCCCACCAACUCUCUGCUUCUCAAAAUUUCGAAAAGAAAGUCUCCAUGUGUUCAUGAUGUCGGAGAAGCUUCCAGCAGCUCUGGAGUGAAAAAUGGGGAGCAAGAAAAUCAACCGGAAAGUGAGCGCAAUCAAGAGGAAAGUCUGUGCGCUGAUAUCUUUGCUCGAGUUUCCGAAGCUUAUUUUUUUGAUGGUUAG